AUGGAUCAUGGCAAGCGCGGCACCACCAUCCGCGCCACCUGGCUCGCCAUUGAGUCGCAGUUUCUCAGCAAUCGGGAGAAGCGGGCCCUCUACCUCGAUGACAAGUUCCGGACCUUCGUCCAGGGCGACUUGUCCAUUACGGACUACUGCCACCACAUCAAGAGCAUGGCAGAUGCCCUUGGUAAUCUCGGCGAGCAAGUCUCCGACCGCACCCUUGUCCUCAACAUCAUCCGCGGGCUCAACGAGAAGUUCGCCGCCGUCGGCCGCGACAUCUGGCGUUCUUGUCCUCUUCGCUCCUUCCUGGAGGCUCGCGAUGAUCUAGUUCUUGAGGAGCUCACAAUGGUGCCUCCUUCCUUGACUCUGUCCAUGGCGCUGCUCACCGGCAUCAACAUUGGCUCCUCCUCUCAUCCCUCUUUUGGCACCACUAUGAAGGCCGUUUAG